AUGGAAGCAGACACCUCAGCAUCCACAAAUCCUCUGCUUACGGACGCUCCGUUCCCACUCUUUGACCAAGUGAAGGCGGAGCACGUCGUUCCUGGGAUCACCAAGCUCAUAGAAGACCUCAACGCCGAGCUGGACGAGCUUGAGAAGACGGUGCAGCCGACGUGGAGCAGCUUGGUGGAGCCUCUGGAGCGCCUCACAGACAGCAUCAGCCGUGCCUGGAGCACUGUCUCCCACUUGAAGGCAGUAAGGGACAGCGAGGCGCUGCGCAAGGCAGUGGAGGAGGUGCAGCCGCUGCAGGUGAAGCUGGGCCUGCGCAUGGCGCAGAGCAAGCCGCUCUACGAGGCAUUCCGCGCGCUUCGUGACGGCUCGGACUGGAACGGCCUAUCAGAGGCGCGCAAACGGGUUGUUGACAAUGAGCUGCGUGAUUUCGUCCUGGGCGGCGUCGCCCUGGAGGGGGAGGCGAAGGAGCGCUUCAACGAGAUAAAGCAGGAGCUGAGCCAGAUCAGCACCAAGUUCAGCAACAAUCUGCUGGAUGCCACCAAGGCCUUCAAGAAGCUCAUCACUGACAAGGCCGACGUUGACGGCCUGCCCGCCUCUGCCCUCGCCCUGGGAGCCCAGCAGGCUGAGAACGAGGGGCAGAAGGGCGCCACAGCGGAGGAGGGGCCGUGGCUUUUCACGCUGGACUUCCCCUCCUACCAGCCCAUCCUCACGCACGCCAAGAACAGGGCAUUCCGCGAGGAGUUUUACCGCGCGUUCAUUACGCGGGCGUCGUCGGGGGAGAAUGACAACACGCCCCUGAUCGAGCGCACGCUGGCGCUGAAGCGGGAGCAGGCGCAGCUGCUGGGCUACCCCAAUUACGCCGAGGUCUCCCUGGCCAGCAAGAUGGCCACGCUUGAUAAGGCGGAGGGCCUUUUGGAGGAGCUGCGGGGCGCAUCCUACGACGCGGCCGUCCGCGAGAUGGACGAAGUCAAAGCUUUCGCCACAGAGAACGGGUUCACAGGGGAGCUGCUGCACUGGGACGUAAGCUUCUGGGCGGAGCGCCUGCGCGAGGCUAAGUUCAACAUCACCGACGAGCAGCUGCGGCCCUACUUUUCGCUGCCUAACGUCCUCGACGGCCUCUUCAAGCUGGCGGGUGAGCUCUUUGGCGUUACCGUGGAGGCGGCGGACAACGAGCACCUGUGGCACCCGGACGUGCGAUUCUUCUCGCUCAAGCGCGACGGCCGCCAGAAGGCCUUCUUCUACCUCGACCCCUACUCGCGCCCAGCAGAGAAGCGCGGCGGUGCGUGGAUGGAUGAGGUUGUGGGCCAGUCGCGGCUGCUGGCGGGUCCCGGCGAGGCGGUGCGGCUGCCGGUGGCGCACAUGGUCUGCAACCAGACGCCGCCCAUCGGCGACAAGCCCUCCCUCAUGACCUUCCGGGAGGUGGAGACGCUGUUCCACGAGUUUGGGCACGCGCUGCAGCACAUGCUGACUCAGCAGGAGGAGGGCCUGGUGGCCGGCAUCCGCGGCGUCGAAUGGGACGCCGUUGAACUGCCAUCCCAGUUCAUGGAGAACUGGUGCUACAACCGGGAGACGCUGAACUCGUUCGCGCGGCACUACGAGACAGGCGAGCCGCUGCCCGAGGACCUGUACCAGAAGCUGGUCGCCGCGCGCACCUUCCGGUCUGGGUCGGGGAUGCUGCGGCAGCUGCACUUCAGCGAGCUUGACCUGGUGCUGCACUCGCGCUAUGAGCCGGCUGAGGGCCGCACGGUGUUUGAGUCGGAGGAGGUCAAGGCCGUCGAGUCGCGCACCACCGUGCUGCCCCCGCUGCCCGAGGACAGAUUCCUGUGCGGCUUCAGCCACAUAUUUGCGGGCGGCUACGCGGCGGGCUACUUCAGCUACAAGUGGGCCGAGGUGCUGAGCGCGGACGCAUUCAGCGCGUUCGAGGAGGUUGGCCUGGACAACAAGCCGGCGGUGGCCGAGCGCGGCCGCGCAUUCCGCGACACCGUCCUGGCACUCGGCGGCGGCCGGCCGCCAGCCGAUGUGUUCCGGGACUUCCGAGGGCGCGACCCUUCGACAGAGCCCCUACUGCGCCACAAUGACCUGCUGCCUGUGGCAGCUUGA